AUGAAACGUUUAUGGGACCGAUUUAAGAAAGGGAAAAGGCAAUGUGAAGUGAGCGACAACGUCGACGGUCCGUUGACACUGAAAUCUCUCGCCUUGCGCUGCGUUUUACCGACAAUAGACAAAAUUGGUUCAAACGGCUUGUCGCCUCUUCACGUUGUGUGUGCGAGAGGUCGCGCCGAUUGCUUGCGUUUGCUACUGAAGUGGCGAAAGAACGCAAACUUGAAUGUGCCGGCAAGGAAAUGUGUGGCGAUCUGGAAAGAACGGAGAGACGUAAACGAAUAUACGCGCUUUUUGGCAAUUAAGAAGUGGUCGCUCGUGACACCUCUUCAUCUCGCUGUGAUCGCUCGCAGUUGCGAGUGUGUGCGUCUCUUGUUGUCUCAUGGCGCCAAGGCGCAUGUGGUAGCAGUAGCCGGAGUUUACCAGGAAACGCCCUUGCACUAUGCCGUUCAGUUGGGAGAUGUUGGCAUUGCUCGUAUUCUGUUGGAUCACAAAGCGAAGGUCAAUUAUUCCGCGCUUUCUAACAAAACACUCAUUCAUCAUGCGGUUGUUGACGGCAACAGAGAUUGUGUGCGUUUGUUGCUUGAAAGAGGAGCUGAUCCCAAUAUUCAUCCACUACUACCAGAGGAGGCGUAUUCAUGCUAUGGUCCUCACAAUAGGAGACAAGAUUUUCCAUUGCAUGUUGCUGGGUUGAACGGAGAUGAAGAAAUAGUCAAGCUGCUUCUCUAUUAUGGUGCAGAUGUUAAUCAGUUGGGAGCACAAAAAUCUACAGCAGUGCAUAGGGCAGCUGAAGGUGGCUCAACAGCAGCUCUUUCAGUAUUACUUGCGACUAAUGCUUCAGUCAAUCAAUUUGAUAACUUGGGUUGUAGUCCCCUUCAUUAUGCUGUAGACAACGGUCAUUAUGAUUGUUCAAAGAAUCUUCUAGAUCAUGGGGCUGAUCCAAAUGCAGAAAAGGGGCUUCGUUAUUGCCAUCCUCCACUCGUGUCAUUGCUCUUUAGUAGAAACUGUACAGUCGAAUGUGUUGAGCUGUUGCUAUCAAAAGGUGCAAAUCAUCGGGUGCUGAUACAUCUCUUAUUUCCGAAAGUGGCAGAACCAUUUUAA